GGAAAAAAAAAAAAAAAACAGAACAAAUUCUUCUUCCUCUGUUCUUAGUUAAUUAGAAUGAGAGUUCCUGUUUCCAAUCACCACUCAUCCAAACCCCCCUCCUCUGCUCCUGCCCCAAAUCCUAAGCUCGACUCCUCCCNCCCCGGUUACGAACCCACCUCCGUCCUCGAUCUCCGCCGCAGCCCCAGCCCCGUGGCGCCAGAUAACCCCCUCUCCUCCGCUGACGAUCGUCACAACAACAGCCAUCCUCUGGACUGGGAUGAACGCACUCUCCAGAACCUUGACUGGGAAUCCAUCAUGGGCGAUUUGGGCGUAAACGAUGACUCCAAUUCUGCUCUCAAGAACACCACCGCCGCCACCACCACCACCGACGACAAUACCCACGAUCAUGUUCCUCAAUUUUCCGAAUUCCUUCACUCCCAGCCGUUCGAUCAAACCGCCCACCUCCUCCCCUCUGAUUUCUUCCUCUCCGAACCAUAUUCCAAUCAUUCCGCCGCUAUGCUCCACCACACCUUCGAUUUCGCCCCCAAUUCCAACGACCCAUCUCUCCAUUUCCUCGAAGAUCUCGUCGACGCCGCCGAUUGCUUCGAUUCCAAUGAUUUCCAUCUCGCUCAUGUCAUAUUAGAACGGCUCAAUCACCGCCUUCAAUCCGCCUCCUCCGCCAAACCCCUUCACCGGGCCGCCUUCUUCUUCAAAGAAGCUCUUCAAUCUCUCCUCUCCGCCGCCGCCAACCGCCAUAACUCCUCCUCUUCCUGGCCCGACAUCGUCCAUACUAUUAAGGCCCAUAAGGCCUUCUCUGCAAUUUCUCCGAUUCCCCUGUUUUCCCACUUCACCACCAAUCAAAUCCUUCUCGAAGCUCUCAACGCUUCCUCUUUCAUUCAUAUAAUUGAUUUCGACAUCGGGUUUGGUGGGCAGUACGCCUCUUUUAUGAAGGAGUUAGCUGAUAAAGCAGAAUCCAGAAACGUCGUUCCGCCGGUGAUUCGAAUUACCGCCGUCGUGUUUGAGGAAUUUGCGGUGGAGAGUCGGUUGACUAGAGAGAAUCUCUGCCAGUUUGCUCAAGAUUUGAAGCUCCGAUUUCAUAUUGAUCUUGUGCCGCUUCAGACUUUCAAGACGUUGUCGUUCAAAUCGGUGAAAUUCAUGGAAGGGGAGAAGGUGGCGAUUCUGUUAACUCCGACCAUCUUCCGCCGUCUCGGGAGUUCUAAUGGCAUAGCCUCUUUUCUCGCCGACGUGCGAUUAGUGUCUCCGUGCAUCGUCGUGUUCGUCGAUUUCGAAGGAUGGUCGGAUUCCGGCAAGGCGUCGUUCAAGAGGAAUUUAUUGGAUAGUCUGGAGUUUUACGCCAUGAUGCUCGAGUCGCUGGAUGCGGCAGGGGCCGACGGCGAGUGGGUGCGGCGGAUUGAGACGUUUGUUCUUCGGCCGAAGAUUUUGGCGGCGGUCGAAGGAGCAGGGAGAAUGGCGGUGCCGCCGUGGAGGGAGGUGUUCCACUCGGUCGGAAUGAGGCCGGUGGCGCUGAGUCAGUUUGCCGAUUUUCAAGCAGAGUGCUUACUUGGCAAAGUACAGGUCCGAGGGUUCCAAGUUGGCAAACGGCAUGCUGAGCUGGUGCUGUGCUGGCAUGAGAGACCUCUGGUCGCCACGUCCGCGUGGAGGUGUUAACCUGUUAAGAAGUUGAGCUCAAAUCAUGAGGAGUGAAAUUACAAUUCAAAUUCAAGAACAUAACUCAAAAUUUUUUAAAUUUUGAAAUUAUAUAAAUGGGGUGGGGACUAAAUUGUAAUUUACCUUCUUUUUAUUUAGAAUUUAAUUUUCCCAAUGUUAUAUUUACCUUUCUUCUUUAACUGUUG